GCCCCUGAGUUGGCCACCUAUUCAGCAAGGACCCCAGGCCGGGAGCAGCGGGGUCGGUGACAUUGAGGAAGAUGGAGCGAACAAUGUGAGGGGAUAUCGGUGGCAUCCUGCGUUCUACAUCAGCAGCCAGUCUUUAAUGCUAGAAGUUGGACGUGACCUUUUAUACUUGGUGAAUACACAGCCAAUGCAAUCAUGUUUUUGUAUAACCUGACUCUGCAGAGAGCAACUGGCAUAUCGCAUGCCAUUCAUGGGAACUUUUCAGGCACCAAAAUGCAGGAGAUUGUUGUGUCUAGGGGAAAGAUCUUGGAGUUGCUCCGUCCAGAUGCAAAUACCGGAAAAGUUCAUACAUUGCUGACAGUGGAGGCCUUUGGGAUAAUUCGUUCUUUGAUGGCCUUCAGGUUAACUGGAGGUACCAAAGAUUACAUCGUAGUGGGUAGUGACUCUGGUAGGAUUGUUAUUCUGGAGUAUCAGCCAUCCAAGAAUAUUUUUGAUAAGGUCCAUCAGGAAACCUUUGGCAAGAGUGGAUGUCGGCGUAUUGUACCUGGGCAGUACCUGGCAGUUGAUCCAAAAGGUCGUGCUGUUAUGAUAGGUGCCAUUGAAAAGCAAAAGCUGGUCUACAUUCUGAACAGAGAUGCUGCUGCUCGCCUCACCAUCUCCUCCCCUCUGGAAGCACACAAAGCAAAUACAUUGGUGUAUCAUGUGGUCGGCGUGGACGUGGGGUUUGAAAAUCCUAUGUUUGCUUGUCUUGAGAUGGACUAUGAGGAGGCAGAUAGUGAUCCCACUGGUGAAGCAGCUGCUAACACUCAACAGACGUUGACAUUCUACGAGUUGGAUCUGGGUCUGAACCAUGUUGUGAGAAAGUACAGUGAGCCUCUGGAGGAGCAUGGCAACUUCCUAAUUACAGUUCCAGGAGGCUCUGAUGGACCAAGUGGUGUACUCAUCUGUUCUGAGAACUAUAUCACUUAUAAAAACUUUGGGGACCAGCCAGACAUCCGAUGCCCCAUCCCCAGGAGGAGGAAUGACCUGGAUGACCCUGAGAGAGGAAUGAUCUUUGUCUGCUCUGCCACGCAUAAAACAAAGUCCAUGUUCUUCUUCCUGGCACAGACUGAACAAGGUGACAUCUUCAAAAUUACUCUGGAAACGGAUGAGGACAUGGUGACUGAAAUCAGGUUGAAGUAUUUUGACACCGUUCCUGUGUCAACUGCUAUGUGUGUACUGAAGACUGGAUUCCUCUUUGUUGCAUCAGAAUUUGGCAACCAUUACCUUUAUCAGAUUGCACAUCUAGGAGAUGAUGACGAUGAGCCAGAGUUCUCCUCAGCCAUGCCCUUAGAGGAGGGAGAUACAUUUUUCUUUCAGCCACGACCCCUCAAGAAUCUGGUACUGGUGGACGAGCUGGACAGCCUUUCACCAAUUCUAACAUGCCAGAUUGCUGAUCUGGCUAAUGAAGACACACCUCAGUUAUACGUUGCCUGUGGGAGAGGGCCGCGGUCAUCAUUGAGAGUCUUGCGGCAUGGUCUUGAGGUAUCAGAAAUGGCUGUUUCAGAACUGCCUGGUAACCCAAAUGCUGUAUGGACUGUAAGACGACAUGUGGAAGGUAUGGCUUGAAUAAUGCGUGGAGCAGAAAUCCUUUUGGUCAUGUGAAGUAAUGUUCACCCAGUCAUGUCUGACAAGUGCAUUGUACUGGCAACUAAUCAAAUUCAUGUAAUUUCUAGAAAAAUAUAUUUGUAAGAAAGCAGUAAAUCUGGUCUCAUUGCCAUGUUGCAUCAGUGAGCAUGCACUGUUUAACUCAUUGAGCCACAACCCACAAGUGCAGGUUUUGUUUUUUUAACUUUUAAUGUUUUACUUCCUCAUUAAGUAGAACUAUGUACAGCAAUUUAAAUAAAAUGUACAUAAAACAAGCACAGAAACAGCUAGAAAACAGAAAAAGCAGCUUGGUUGUAUGGAGGAUUGUUCACUGUUUGCCAUUCUUUUACUUUCUCUCAUCACCUCAACUUGCAUAUUUUGUUAGCUAUGACCAAGUUCCAAAAUUGAUUGAAGACUGAAGAAUUAAACACUUCUGAACUGCAGUGCAGUUCAAAUCUAUAGAUGUCAAAAACAUAUGUAGUCCUUUAUUUUCGAAAGUUACAGGUGGAUUAACCCAAGUAAUAUUGAUCUGGCACUGAAACACGUUUCAGGUCAGAUUCUCUUCCAUCUGAAAAUCUUGCAUUUUUGAAGAAGAUGAUGAAUAUAGUUUCUUUUAUUUAAAUGUAUUCAUUUCCACUCCUGGAAGUUUGCAUUGAUUUUCAUUUCAGUGGGAGUUUUUUCCACCUUUUUUCCACCGCUUUCUUAAUAGCGCUUGCUCAUAUUAGAGUAUGGUUCAGUUCCACAGGUACUGACAGUUCUCCACUCUUGCCUAUAUGGCCUUUAUUCAUGUACCAGUUAAAUAGUUGUCAGUAGUACUGCACAGUAUGGUAUUGCGGUGCUGACAUAAUCCUGCUUUUGUCCAGAAUCUGUGCACUUACACUUUUUAGCUUCUGCCACUAUGUGGCAGGAAUGACUGAGCUAUUGGUAGAAUUUCUCUCUCUAGCACAGUACAUUUCACUAGGUGGUUGUAUUCUUUGCCGUCCUCUAGAGGUUAGGUAACUAAGUGCAAAUUGCUGUGAAUUCUUUCAUUGUGUUUCUUGUAAUUUGUGACGUACAAAUAUGCAAACUGCAAUAAUGAUUUCUUGGGCUGGGCACAUCCUGUAAAUGAUCAAACCCUGUGAAAGUUGAAUGGUCCUGGUUAUGUUUUACAAAUUAGAAUAAUUGAUAAUCACUGAUUCCAGACUGUAACCCAGAAAUAUUGGGAAAACUUUGGGUAGAAGAUUACUUUUGCGAUAUGUGUAAAUUUGCCAGGAUUUGGUUGGGAGUGCAUUAAACCUCCCUACAAUAAUCCUAAUGCUAGUAGAUGUUACCAUAAUGGAAAAGCUGAA